AUGUUCCGAGGAUAUCCUCGAGCUCGUCCAUCAAAAAAAGUUCUUGGUGCGGAUAUGACAUGCGCCAUGGACUGGACAUAUGUUGGCGAGCACCCUACUUUUUACGAUGUAUGGAUUGCCCGCACAAUCCAUGGCGAUUCUUUCUUCGAAACUCCCUCCGACGGGAAUUGGAACUCGGCAUGGAAUCUCUUCUGGAACGCUGAUAAGACUCGAGGUCGUUUCUACUCGCAACGUCCCUUUCAAGUCUUCUCGUGUUGGAACGGCGCUACAGCAUUCACAGCCCAGCCAAUCUUGGAAAAGUCUGUAGAAUUUAGGGCGGCGAAUGAAACCGCCGGUGAAUGCAGACAAGGUGAGCCGCAAUUGUUUUGCAAAGACCUUUGGUUCAAGGGCUACAGCAAAAUCGCCGUCGUCCCGUCCGUAAACCUUGAGUACUCUGUGGAAAAGGCAAAGAAGAUCAAGGAAGACAAGGGAUUUACGUCUGACAUAGUCUUGAAACAAGAUUCAGAUGGCGAUAGAAUAGAAUGGCGGCUCGAUCCCCCAAGUAUGGUGAAAUGCAUGCCUGUUUGGGAGAAUCAGUAUUGGCAAUCGUGGAAUGAGACUUUGAGGCUGUAG